GCACAAUGCUGGCGUUGGGGACGGCGUCUUCGGCCGUGCAUCUGGGCACCUCAGCUCCAGCCCAACCUCGCCUGACUUUGGGAAGCCGGCAACUGGAGCCCCGCCGUGCGCAAGGAGAAAAGAGCGAGAUGAUGAUUUGUGGCCAUGGCUUGCAGGGUCAUAAACAAAAGGAGGCAUAUGGGACUGCAACAACUGUCAUCAUUUGCAGAAACAGGAAGAACUUUCCUCGGCCCAGUAAAAUCAUCCAAAUUUAUUACAGAUGAAGAGUGUCACGAGAGUGUGCUAAUCAGUUCAAUAGUACGGCUUCUUCAAAGUUUGGAUUUAACCAGUGCAGUGGGACAACUUCUCAAUGAAGCAGUUGAAGCACACAAUAACACAUAUAGGACUGGAACCAGUACUCUUCUGUUUCUUGUUGGUGCAUGGAGCAGUGCUGCUGAAGAAUGUCUUCAUUUGGGUGUUCCCAUUUCACUGAUAGUGUCUGUAAUGUCAGAAGGCUUGAACUCUUGCAUUGAAGAGGUAGUUUCCCUUCAAGUGCCUGUCUACAAUGUGUUUGACCAUAUAGACAACACAAAGACAUUUUCUGGACUUGAAACAUUUAGUGUCAGUUUAUAUCCUUUUCUACAGAUCCCUUCAGAUACUAGUUUGAUACAGAAAGAGCAUGAUCUCAAAGAUGUUGCUUCUCAACCACUGACCAUUUACAGUCUUUCUGGAAGACCUGUUAAGUCACCUACACUCAUUAGAUCUCAGACUAAUGAUGAAAUAGAUAAAAACACAUCACAAAACCCUCAGACUCUGAAAAACAGCCUGCUUGCAGACACCCACUGCAGAAAGUCAAUACUAGUCUACAGCAGGCAUUUUAAUAGGACAGGUAAUAAUCAAUGGAUAAGCAAACCAGAUGGAUUUCUAGAACAACAUGGUGCAGCUACUCCCAGAACUUACAGAUGUAAUGAUUUGGUAGAGUUAGAGGUGGGUUUGAGUCACGGAGAUCCCAGCAGCAUGAAAUUAGUAGCAGAAGCAAUACGGCUGCAGUAUCGGAACGCAAGUGUGCGCCAAGGCAGCUGUACAAUGCCAUUUAUGUUUGACAUUUCAAGAAUCUUCACUUGCUGUUUAUCUGGUUUACCUGAAACUUUUUCUUGUGUUUGUCGAGGAUAUAUCACUGCUGUCUCAAUAUCUAGUACUGCUCUGAUCAAGGAAUUGCAGAACCAGCCUAUCCGGGUAGUUCUCAUUGAGGGUGAUCUCACAGAGAAUUAUCACCACCUGGGAUUUAAUAAGUCUACAAAUAUUAAAACAGUAUUAGAAAGCAUUAAGUUUCAACAAGACAGCUCAGAAGAACUAUGGGCAAAUUGUGUAUUACAGGUAUUAAUCAAGUUCAAUGUGAACCUUGUCCUGGCACAAGGAAAUGUAUCUGAACACUUAAUAGAAAAAUGCACACAGAGCAAGCGGUUGGUAAUUGGAUCAGUGAACAGCAAUGUGAUGCAGGCUUUUGCAGAGGCUUCAGGAGCAGUACAGGUGGCCUACAUUACACAAGUGAAUGAAAACUGUGUGGGCAAUGGGGUCCGUGUGACCUUCUGGAGAAGCAUUUCUAUGGAUGUUAUAGAUAGUAUCAACAGAAUAGCAAUCAUGUUAAAAACAGAAGGAAUUAAUUUGGUUACAGUAGUGCUCACUAGCCUAGUCACUGCACAGAUGCAAAUCAAAGAAGAUAGGUUCUGGACUUGUGCCUAUCGUCUGUAUUAUUCUUUGAGAGACCAAAAAGUCUUCCUUGGAGGUGGUGCAGUUGAAUUUUUGUGUCUUAGCCAUCUUCAAAUUCUUGCAGAACAAGCUCUGAAUAAAGGAAACCAAACCUGUUCAGGAUGGCUUCAUAAUUCUUCCUCUUGGUUGACCUCAUCUGUGGCACUAUACAGACCAACUGUGCUUAAAUGCCUGGCAAAUGGAUGGCACAAAUACCUUUCAACUCUCAUAUGUAACACUGCCAGUUGCUCAUCAGAAUUUGAAGCCAGUGUAUUGAUUCAACAUCAUCUACAAAAUGCCACAAACUCUGGUUCUCUUUCAACUUACAUCUUGAAUGAAUAUUGUAAACUAAAUAGUGGAAUUUUUAAUUCAGGCAUUUCAAGUAAACUGGAACAGAUUGCAAGAGUUUAUGAUGUUGUUACACCAAAGAUUGAGGCAUGGCGCCGAGCUUUGGAUUUAGUACUUUUGAUACUUCAGACAGACAGUGAAAUUAUUACUGGACUUGGACACACACAGAUAAAUUCCCAGGAAACAGAAGGCUUUUUAUUUUUGUAAUGUUAAUUGACUAAGUCUUUGGAAAAUAAUCUUUUGUAAUAUAUUAUGCUAAUAAUAAAUUUUCUAGUAGCAAAGUCAUAGUGCCUAAAAUGCCAGCCAUUACCAAGAAAAUAACUGAUGUAUGUCAAUAACUGUGCAGGAGCUGCUGUUUCACCCUAUUUACAAGCCGACAAGUUAGCCUGUUUCUAUUUCAUGGGAUGCUACAGAAUACAUGAGACACUUGGGUCAGAGACAAAGGACUUUUAUCACUCACAGCACAAGCAGUAGCUAGAACCUCAUAGUGGCUUGUGACAGUUCCUCAUUUCUCUAAGUCUCACAAAAGCAACACAAAGGGCCAAUGAUGGAAGCCUGCAUACAGAGCGGGUUGUGUUACAGGAGAGAAACACUAAGGUUGGAAUAUAGACUGUCUUUAUAGUAAAUAGAAACAAUCCUGUAAUUUGUCCAAGGAGAGUUGUUACCUCAUGCCUCAAGGUUGCCUAGUGUAAACAAGCCUGAGACAUGAUCUGGGUAAAGAUAAGUCAGGUCCUUGCAUUCAUGGCAUACCCAGAAAGUAUGCAGUGUCUCUCAGAGCCCACAGUGGAUAGCCUCUUCCAACAAUCCACUCUUCAACUCCACACAUUCUUGGCCAAAUUUGAAUUUUCAUGUGAGUGUGCUGCACAUUGGCUACUCUGAUUAAUCUGACAGGUUGUUUAGUCAAUACCAAAUCCAUUCAGUUGGUCUCAUACAGCAUUUAAUUAAGGCUACUGUUAACAGACUCUGAGCAGCAGGAUGAAGCCAGUCUGUAGUGUUGACCUAAGGAGAAUCUGGCAUUUCGUGAGCAUCUACAGAUUAAGCAUUUAACACCUCAAUACCAAUUAUGUAUUCACAACAGAAGCACACUGAAUUGGUCCACAGAGCCCCACCCACUGGGUCACAUCUUUUCUUCACUGCAAGAUUUGUUCUAAUCCUAUAUUUGACUUUAGUCACUUUUUCCCCCAUGGGAAUGUUUAAUGCCUGCACAUAAGGGGCUUUAACAGCUGCCAGGAGAUUAUGUUAUCUCCCUGGCUGGGGGCUCAGGAAAAAGCAGGGAGUGAGAGUGGCAGCUACAGAGGCUCUUUUUCUCUCUCUUGGCUCUACACUUCAGUGUUGGUGCCAACGUCUCUCUUGUAUACUUUCCAGUAUCUAGAGGGCACCCAGAGUCUGGGGAACCUUCCUUUCUGUCAUUAUGUACACUACUGCCUCUCAGUGUACUGCAGUCCUUGGUACCUUUGGUCACCUCGUGUCUGAUACCCACUUUCCUCAUGGGACUGGGUACAAUGGUGACUUGGGUACCUGUACCUAACAGAGCUAUAAAAGUUUAAGUCCCUUUCUUUCCCAAAGCUCCCUUUUUCUUCAAGCACCAGCAGUCAGGGUAGAUGAAAGAGGUUUGGAGGUGUGUAGAGAGAACAGCUCCAUGCCAGUAAGCCACAUGUUGUAUUUAUGUUUGGUUUUGAUCAGCUACCCAACUUGUGCUCUACAGACUUAUAUUUUCCUCAUUGCUGACAGCAUUUGUUUCAGCUUUAGGGAGCCCUUAGCAGCCACAGCCAAAUCCUUCUUCCACCCUGAAAUGAGUGUGCAAAAACCAAGACACCAUUUGAGUGUCUUGUUUUAAUCCUAUCUCUCAAUGCUUAGCCUCCAAACGUUCAUUAACAGAUAGGACAGUGAGAGGCCCCUACAACCUUCCCUCUUUUCUGCUACUUGAGUGAAAGCACUCCCUAUUGGAUCCUGAAGGGUCUUAUUUCUCUUAGCCCAGCCCACUGGGGUCCUCAUCUUUUCCAGAAAACCAUGCCUCUAUUGGCCAAAACUCUCCAGAACUGUGCAGAGUCAGAUUUUGCACUGUUUACAAGCUGACAAGUUAUUCUAUUAACAUUUCAUGGGAUACUGGCAGAAGACAUGAGACUCCUGGGUCUGAGACAAAAGGACUUUAUAGUAGCCAGAGUUCAUGUUGGUUUGUGUUGGUCCCCUGUGCUCCCAAGUCCCAUGACAUAAAGAGCUCACAAUGAAUGCCUGCCCAAGUGCUAGGUUGUGUUACAAGAGAGAAAUGCUGAGCUUACGCAAUUCACAAGUUAUAAGCAGAAAUAAGCCUGUUCUUUGUCUGGAGGGAGAUAAUACAUACUACAUCAUUCUUCCAGGUUCCUCACUGCAAACACAGCCCCGAGAAAUGACCUGAAAAAAAGCUCAAUACUAAGCAAGAACGUGCAGGGAUCCCCAGACCCAUGGCAGACUGCCUAUCCCAACAGUCUUUUCUUUUUACUACUUCACAUGAUUUAAACAGAGAAGGACUGAAUUAUGUGUAUGGGUUCUGGAAUUACAUAUUAGAAGAGCUCUGGGAAGAUAAUAAUAGUAGUAAUUAAGUUACUGAUUAUCUACCAUGUUCCAGGCACUAUUCUACAUCCUUUACAUAUCAAUUUGCUAGGGUUGCAAUAACAAAGUACCACAGACUGUAGCCUUAAGUACCUCUGCUUAAAUACCCCAUAGGUAGCCUAAACAAUAGAAAUGUAUUUUCUCACAUUUUUGGAGGUUGUAAGUGAGAUCAAGGUGUUGGCAGCGUUAGUUUCGUCUGAGGCCUCUCUCCUUGACUUGUAGGUGGCUGUCUUCCCUGUGACUUCACAUCUCCCCUCUGUGCCUGUCUGUGUCCAAAUUUCCUCUUGAGAGGAUCCCAGUCAUAGUGGGUUAAGGUCCUUCCCUAAUGACCUUGUUCUAACUUAAUUGCCUCCUUAAAGACCCAAUUUCCUAAUAUAGUCAGCUUUUGAGGCACUGGGGAUUAGGAUUCAUUCGAAUUUGGGGGACACAAUUCAGCUCCUAAGAUAUAUUAUCCCAGUGUUUGCAACAUGUUUUUUCCAUUGUAUAGGUGAGGAAAUGGGCUUCAUAAGGUUAAGAAGCUUGCCCGAUGUCUCACAGCUAGUUGGCAGUAGAGCUGAAAUUUGAAACUAAAAUUUUAUAUGGCUCCAAAACCUGUAUUUCUAAGCAUUGAUUGUGAUAUUAAGCUUUUUCUGUAAGGUAACAACAAAAGAAGAAAAGAAUGUCUGGUUUAUUUAUAGGCUGAUAUAAAUGUACUAGAAAGUGUGAUUUGAUUAUCCUCAUGUCUGGGUGAGAGAAUAUCAUUUUUGAUUUGGUGAUUGUUUUAAAUGAAAACUUGGCACAAAUAAGCAUUCCUGUUUUAUGUAAUGUCUUUGUUAAAAGUUAGAAUGGUAACACUGAUGGUUGAACUGUUUUUUAAAAUAAAGUGUUAUUUCACUUGGGUAGAUAUUGACAUUUCCACUCUCCCUCAGUUAACAGUUAGCUUUUAUUAAAAUAUUGCAAGGAUUGUGAAUUCCACUAAUAUUAACACAGGUGCUUAGCAUACCUUAUGUAGUAGGUUUUUUUUUUUCAAACUUGGUAUUUGCAUGUAUUAGUACUAUUAAAUAUUUAGUGAAGUGUUGUAAUAAAUAAUUUUCUUUGAAACUAGAA